AUGUCCCUAAAGGAAAUUCCAGCUGGCCAAUCUGCGCCAAACCUUCAGCGUCCGGCUCACGCAAUAGAUCAUGCCAAGGUCGUUGCCGAAACCGGCGCCAACGCCAUCGACGGGCUGACUUCAGCCGAAGCAGCCGAACGACUUCAACGACAUGGACGCAACGUCCUCGACAACACUGGCGGUGUUCAGUCUCUCGAAAUCCUGAUUCGUCAGGUCGCAAAUCCAAUGAACCUUGUACUUCUUCUGGCUAUGGCUGCUUCAUUUGGCAUCAGAGCUUGGAUAGAAGGCGGUGUCGUCUCUGCGGUCAUAUUCUUAAAUAUCGUGAUCGGUUUCUUCCAGGAAUACCGCGCUGAAUCGAUUCUCGACUCCCUCAAGAGUCUGAGUUUCCCUACUGCCGUGAUAAUCCGUGAUGGAAAAACCGUGACCGUGCCCACAGCUGACGUUGUCGUUGGCGAUAUUGUGGAAAUGAAAAUGGGAGACACCGUGCCCGCAGAUGUACGAUUGAUUGAAGCCGUGAACUUUGAAACAGAUGAAGCUCUACUUACUGGUGAAUCUUUGCCUGUCCGAAAGGACGCCGAUGAAGUUUAUGAUGUUGAUACGGGAGCUGGUGAUCGCCUUAAUGUGGCGUAUAGCUCUACGACCAUAACUAAAGGAAGAGCCAAGGGUGUCGUCUAUGCUAUCGGAAUGAAAACAGAAAUUGGCCUUAUUGCUGCAAGCCUCCAGCAAAAGCGGGUUUCCAGAACUGCCCAACGCCUUGGUGACAAUGAAAAGAGGCCGCAUAAGAUUGCCAAAGCAUGGGGCUCAAUUGCCCUCGAUUCGAUUAAAGCCUUCUUCGGUCUUAAUGUCGGAACCCCACUGCAACAAAGAAUGGCUAGGCUCGCAAUAUUCUUAUUUGGAACAGCUAUCUUAUGCACAAUUAUUGUUCUUGCUGCCAAUAAGUUUAAGUCAAGCCAAGAAGUCAUCAUCUAUGCAGUUGCGACGGGAUUGUCUAUGAUUCCUGCAAGCUUGCUGGUAGUUCUUACAAUUACCUUAGCAGCGGGAACAAACCAAAUGGCAAAGAGGCAUGUUAUCGUUAGGAACCCUAAAAGUUUAGAGGCUCUCGGGGCUGUUACAGACAUUUGCUCUGAUAAGACAGGAACUCUCACUCAAGGUAAAAUGGUGGCAAGAAAUGCAUGGAUUCCGUCUAUCGGAACUUAUUCCGUAGACACAGGUAGUGAACCAUUCAAUCCUCAGCUCGGAACCGUGUACUUGAGCCAGGGAACCCCAGACUCUUUGGCAUUGAACAACUCGGGUCUUGGAGACGUCGAAGAUGCUGGAACCAGCACUGAGAGAAAUGCCCAACUUGGAAAAUUCCUCGAUGUAGCCUCCCUAGCAAACCUCGCAGAGGUUCAUCAAAAUGAAGAAAGCAAAUGGGUUGCCCGUGGGGAUCCAACGGAAAUCGCUAUCCAGGUUUUUGCAUCCCGCUUCGGUUGGAACAGAAAUACGCUUCUAGGGUCGGGCUGGAGACACGUAGCGGAAUUCCCAUUUGACUCCGGCGUCAAGAAGAUGUCUGUCGUGUUUGCAAAUAAGGAUGGUGAGAGUUACGUUUUCACGAAAGGCGCUGUUGAGAAAAUCGUUGCCUCCAGCACCACAGUCCAUCUCAACAAGGAAGGGGUCAUUUCGAUGACAGACGACCUCCGAAAUGAAAUUCUCAAGAAUAUGGAAGCUCUCGCCGGCAUGGGACUUCGAGUUUUAGCGCUUGCUAGCAAGAGAUAUCACGAAGAGAUCAUCCCUUCCCAAGAAAGAAGAGAUGAAAUUGAAAGCCAGCUCGAAUUUCAAGGUCUCAUUGGCUUGUAUGACCCUCCGCGUCCAGAAUCCAAGGGCUCAGUUGAACAAUGCCACAAAGCCGGAGUUACUGUCCAUAUGGUAACCGGCGACCACCCAAAAACUGCGAGAGCAAUUGCCGAAGAGGUUGGAAUCCUACCGUCAGCCUCUGAAGUGGCUCUGCUAAGUCGAGAUGUAUCCGAUUCGCUUGUCAUGACGGCCACUCAUUUCGAUGGGUUGACUGAUGAACAGAUCGAUGCUUUACCCGCACUUCCACUCGUGGUAGCUAGGUGUGCACCGAGUACGAAGGUCAGAAUGAUCGAGGCUUUGCAUCGACGCGGAAAGUUUUGUGCAAUGACAGGUGAUGGGGUCAACGAUUCCCCUUCUCUUAAGCACGCCGAUGUCGGAAUCGCCAUGGGGCAGUCGGGUUCAGAUGUAGCCAAAGCUGCAUCUGAUAUUGUCCUUACAGAUGACAACUUCGCCAGUAUCUUGAAUGCGGUCGAGGAGGGACGCCGAAUGUUCGAUAACAUUCAGAAAGUCCUCUGCCACUUGCUAGCACAGAAUUUGGCGCAGGCAGUAACUCUGUUGAUUGGCCUUGUGUUCAAAGACGCAUCCGGGACCUCUGUGUUUCCCAUAGCCCCCGUUGAAAUAAUGUGGAUUAUCACCGUCACAGGUGGUACACCGGACAUGGGGCUUGGCUUUGAGAAAGCUGCGCCCGAUAUCUUAACCCGCCCGCCGGUUGGCCAACAAGGAAUCUUCUCACUUGAAAUAAUCAUCGAUAUGAUCGUCUACGGUGUUUGGAUUGGGGCUCUUUGUCUCUCAUCCUUCACCCUGGUACUUUACGGAUUCAACAAGAAUGAUGAAAACCCGCUUGGCUUCAAUUGCAACAACGAAUACACACCUCAAUGCGACGCUGUCUUCCGCGCCCGAGCAACUUGUUUUGUUUGCCUGAUGUGGUUUUUGCUCUUCCUCGCAUGGGAGCUUGUCGAUUUGCGCCGCAGUUUCUUCUACUUGCAUGCUUCAGAUGUCGCUGCUGGAGAGCAAGUAAAAAAGCGAAAGGUUUUUACUCAAUGGGCUGUGGAUAUCUGGGGGAAUCGGUUCUUGUUCUGGGCUGUUAUCGUCGGGUUUUUCUCAGUGUUUCCAGUACUCUAUAUCCCGGUUGUUAAUACUCGAGUGUUUAAGCACAAGGGGAUUACUUGGGAGUGGGGAAUCGCUUUUGUAGCCUUCUUCCUGUUCUUUGCGGGUGUCGAGGCCUGGAAGUGGUUGAAAAGAGCAUGGUUUAGGAGGCAGGCAGCAAGGCAGCGUAAUGCUGCAGGGAGCGCUUGA